AUGUCUGAUUACGAAUACGAAGAUGAUGCCUACGAUGGAGGAGAUUAUGAUGAUGGUGGAUAUGAUGAUCAUCAAGAAGACGACCCAGAAGUUGAAUUAGAAAAUCAGUAUUAUACUGCAGAAGGUGAAAUUACUGAUGAUCCUACAAGUGCUAUCACUAUUUUCCAAAAGAUUAUUGAAACCGAAUAGUAAAAAGAUGUUUCAAAAAGAAAAUGGACAUUUAAAUCUCUCUAAUAUAUUAUAGUUAUCUCAGUUAAGCAAAACUAAACUUAAGAUUUAAUUAAAAAUAUCAAUUUAAUAUUACAAAAUAUGGAGAGUGUCAGUCGUAACGAUGCCACCGAUGGUAUCACUUAAAUUAUUGAAAGCUUUAUGCUUUUGCAAGAUUUGAGCAUAAGACAAAAGGCCUUUGAGAUUAUAUUACACUACUUGAAAGAAAAGCAAAUGAUUUAGUUAUGGUUUAAUGCAUCAUUGAAAUUGGCUAAAAUCUACUUUGAAUCUGGAGACUUUUAAAAUCUCAAUGACGUUACAUCUCAAAUUAAAGCUUCUUGCACCUUGCCUGACGGUUCAGAUGAUCCCAAGAAAUCUGAAUACUUAUUAGAAGUUUACUCUAUCGAAAUUCGUGUCCUCAUCAAUCAAAAGAGAAAGAAAGAAUUAAAAGAAGUUUACUCAAAGACCAAGCGUCUUUCUUCAACAAUCAACGACCCUAAGAUUAUGGCUGUCAUUAAAGAAACAAGUGGUAAAAUGCUUAUGUUUGAAAAGAAUUACAAGCUUGCUGAAUAAGAAUUAUUAGAAUCUUUCAAGUAUUAUUAAGAUAUUGGUAACACAAAUGCUAAGUUACUUCUUAAAUACGUCGUCCUUGCUUCCAUUUUGAGCGGUUCUACCAUCAACCCCUUCGAUAACAAGGAAGCCAAGGUCUACAAGGAAGACAGAGAAAUUAUUGCUAUGUAAAAUCUCCGUUAUGCUUAUGAAACCAAGAACAUUAACCUUUUCAACAUGACAAUUGUUGACAGAACUUCAAAAAUUUUAGAAGAUGAAUUUAUGAAAGAUUUUAUAGAUGAGUUAAAGAGAGUUAUCAGUUUAGAAAAGAUCACUAGAAUGAUUAUUCCUUACGAAAGAAUUAAAAUUAGCUACAUUAGCAAAUAGUUACAAGUCACAGAAGCUGUUGUUGAGAUAUAUUUAAUGCAAUUAAUUCUUGAAAAGAAAAUUAAUGGAUAUAUUGAUAGCGAAGAAGGUUACUUUGAAAAUUCUAACUAUCUUAAGGAUCCUCUAGAAAAAUCAAAGGAAGAAUCAAUUGAAAAAUGGAUUUUAAGUAUUAAAAAUAAUUGA